UUUGUGGCAUUCAACGGCAAGCGAAUAAAAGUUCGUCGCCUCGAUAUUCUAUGAUCAGUUUACAGUCUCAACUUCGCCCAGGCCCAGGUGUUCCAGUUUCGGUUGAAGUGCUUCUCUCCGAGGAUUAGCUUCUGAAACAAGUCCGCAUCAAACCAAUCAUGUUGACCGCCUGCCAAGUAGCGCUGCUCGCUGGAUGCCUGCUUCUGGCCGUGAGCUCGGUUCGGGCCCAGUUCUUCUACCACCAGGGUUUGGGUCUGCCGGUUGCGCACUCUUACGAGCCGGCCAACCAGUACCAGGGAUAUGCCACAGCCGAUGCCCAUCCCUCGGUGGUGAGGAAUGCCCACUGGGAGUCCGAGUUGCCGGCCGAACUGUCGAAGAGUGCGCGAUUCUACAAUGAUCCCGUGAUCGCCGCCAACCUGGCCAAGGAAUCCCUGCUAACGAAAAAGGAAAUGGCUGUGGUGCAUCGCGAGGCUGAGAAAAUUCCGCGGGAACAGGUCUACAAGCUGUUCAAGAACGCCGGCUACCUGAGUCGCAGAUAGAAAUCUCGUGCCCAGAUGAGUUCCGUUUCCCACGUGCCUUGUUGUAUUCUAGCUUUUAAAUUGUUAAUAUAUUGUACAUACACAUUAAAUGUUUUCUCUAUAAAUGACCACUGAAUUAAA